UAGGGCGUCUCAUUGUCAUCGCUGCCAACAUCCAUUCAAUUCACUAUCGUGAGUGCCCCUGAGUGUCUGGCCAUUGUCUCCGUUCCCUGAGACUUAUAGUAGUCUACGUAUGGUCUAUGGCUGGCGAAUUUCGCCAUCAUAUCCUCAAACCAGCCGCCUGCUGGGGAACUAUCGCUCUCGUGUGCCUCAACUGCCUCUACUUCUUCUCAUCAUCAUUCUUCCGCACUCGCUUCUAUCAUUUCUUCAUCACAAACCAUAUACUAUCAGCUUCUCUCCUCCUUCCCGCCAUCGUCCUACACAAAAGGUCUUGCACUCCUUGGGUUUUAGCCGCUUUGAUCAUUUACAUCCUCGACCUCCUUCUCCGCGCAAUGAAAACCCGCAUCACUACCGCUAGAAUACGCGCUCUACCCCAACUGGGACUAACCCGUGUCGAGAUCCCAGAAAUAAACGCUGGCUGGCGUGCUGGACAACACGUUCGUCUACGAGUCGUCUCUCGCGGUAUGGGUCUCCUCGGUUGGUCAGAGAUACAUCCCUUUACCAUCGCGAGCUGCGCUCAAACCCCUGAAGGGAUGGUUUUGAUGUGUAAGAAAGCUGGUGACUGGACGGAAAAGCUUUACAACCUUGCCAACCGCCUUUCCUCAUCGUCGAUAGAGGACGGGCAAGGACAGGGCACUGUACGAGUCAUGGUCGAAGGUCCCUACGGUGGAACAGGCCACCGAAUGUUCUCCUCUUUUUCCGCUGCCGUCUUCGUCGUCGGUGGAAGCGGAAUCACCUUCGCUUUGAGUUCCAUACAGGAGAUGAUCAAUGCCGACAACGCUGGGAACAGCCGAGUGAAGGUUAUAGAGCUUAUCUGGGUUGUUCGAGAUCCUUCCGCACUCCUCCCUCUACUUCCAAUCCUGAUCUCUUUCGUACGAUCAAGCGCGUUUGCGCCGUUGCGGAUUUCAGUGUUUUACACACGGGCAUCCAUCGGGAAGUUUCCGUUCCCGGAAGAGUUCUUUAAGAAGGCUUCUGUGGGAAGGAUGAUUGGACCGGAUGCGCAUGCACUCGCAAGCGAGAAAGACAGAGAUGGUUUGUGUGGGUUGGUCAUUGGUGUAUGUGGACCUGUUCAACUGGCAGACGGCGUGUUCGAAGCCGUGGGGAAAGUCGAUGGGACCAGGAGAGACCUUGUGGGAGGAAUUGAAGUGCAUGAAGAAACGUUUGGAUAUUAGAUUUGAUGUAAAAUACAUCCUGUAACAACAUACCGACGUUGACCGUCACAAAGUCCCCCUUUUGAUACAAUCCUUAGCCAAUGAAGCAAGCUUCCCCUGGGCGAUGUAUGACCUUGUACUAUUAUUCAUCGAUAUCGAUAGAAAUCAAUACAACAUGACUGUCGGGUAUUUUCAAACUUCAAUAGUGAGCAGUGGAAUAACGGGUAGGAGUAAAGCAAGCGUCGUUGUG